AUGGUGAGGUCUACCAGGAGAGGCCCCUCAACGUCAAGGUCGCCCUCGUCCAGGCCGUCGCCGUGCCGCCGCUGCCGCCGCCGAGGCUGA